GAGUCAAGGAAAGAAAUACUAAGUGGAAUGAACAUCAAUUUUGGAAGAACUCAGAUUUUGCAAUAUUUUUGCAGAAAUUGGGAAUAAAGUUGGAUACUUUUUACUCUGUUAUAAGCCACCCAAAAUAAGAAAAGACCUUGUUGAUUGACUUGUGAAAGCGGGAAAUAAAAUUUUCCACGAGACUUAUUCUACUGGCGUUUGAAGGUGAGUUUCCACAGAGGUUUAAAUUCCACCACUACCACCCACCAGAUUCCCCUCAAAAACCAAACACUCCACUAAGUUACAUCACAACUUAACCGCCACUUUUCAUCAUUCACUCAUCUCUCUCUCUCUCUAACCAUGACAACGUUGGAGAUCACUGUUGUGUCCGCUGAAGGUCUCAACCAACACUCUUCUUACUUCAACCGCAUAAGACCCUUCUUCACUCUCACCAAGCUCCCCGCACAAAUCCUCUACCACUACGACGGAGGAGGAACAGGGGAUCACGUGUUCCGCGUCCCACUCGAUCCAACCUUCUUCUCCGACACGUAUUCCCGCCUCCAUCUCCACCUCUACAACGACCGUCGCUUUGUGGGGCCCACGAUCCUCGGAUGGUGUCUGAUUCCGCCCUCCGACAUUGCCUUCCCACCCUCUCACUCCCUUCGCUACCUCAGUUAUCGGUUACGGGCAAAAGACGGUUCCAAAACCCACCUCAUCCUCAACCUUUCCCUCCGCUUCCAGGGCUCCCUCUACCAAUCCCAUCCCGCCACCUGUCAGUCUGUCAUUGGAAUUCCCGUCACAGCGCUUCGCAAAUUUGGCAGCACCACCGCUGCCGCAACCGCAAGUGAACAAUCCAAUAUGGAAAAGGACUUUUAAUUUUCUUUUCUAGUUUUAGUUUUCCUUUUAAACAAUAAAAAUAAUUAAAAUUGUUGAACACACUUCACUUUGUAAUUCGGUUUUUGAGCUUUUGGAGGUCAAUGUCAAUGUAUCGUAUAUGCCAUCCUGGUGUCCUGAUAUCUAUCUCUUUAUUCUCUUUCAGUUUAUCCACAUUUUUUUUUCCAUUUUAGUCUUU